UUUACUAACACCAUCACUCCUUGCGUCUUGUAAAGCGGGCCAUCAGAGUCUUGUUUGCCACUUUCUCAAAUACAUCAGCUUUCUGCAAGAAGUGCUUGGUGAUUAGCUUUACCAACAGUACAGAAGAACCAAUUUGGUGUGACUUGAGUGAGUUGGGCCUCAAGGAAUGUAUUCUGGCAUGAUGGCUGAACGUGGUUUACUUACAGUCAUAAUUUUUGCUUUGCUGUCUAUCAGUCAAGGUUUGGAAAGCUGUUCUGAGCCGUGUCUCAUAUACACUGCCAGGAACAGAAUUGAUGCCAUUGAGUUAGCUUCCUCCAGAGUGGUCAACCUGGCGUCCAAUCUCACGUUCCCAGUCGAUAUUGCCGUCGAUGUAAGAGAACGAACAUUUUACUGGAGUGACAUCAACCAACGUGUUAUCAAACGUAUGAACAUGUCCAGCGGUGUCACCAAGGACAUUAUUACAGAGGAUCAUGGAUAUGUCGGCGACCUUGCGAAAUCAACUUUGUAAGAUGGGCAACGGAGGCUGUAGUCACCUAUGCCUUUUGACACCCAACGGAUCUUUGUGGGCCUGUCCUGAUGGCUUUCCUUUGUCAACUGAUGGAAAACGCUGCCUUACAGACAUUAAAACAUUUCUUCUCUUUGCUGAGGGAUCACACCUUAGACAACUGGCUUUCAACGUUACAUCGUCGCGCCGAAUUCCUCUAAAAAUACUAGCGUCACAACCCAUGGCGCUUGAUUUUGAUUUUGUGGAAGGGAAAGUUUACUGGACAGACGUAUCGCUGGGUACAAUCUCCCGGGCGUAUCUCAAUGGAUCUUUUCAGGAGACCGUGGUCACAGGUGGACUUCAACACCCGUAUGGACUUGCUGUAGAUCCGUUUGGUCAGAACAUUUACUGGACAGACAGCACAGAAGAAGUAAUUGGAAUAGCAUCCAAAGAUGGACUUUACAGACGAGUACUCAUUAAAGAUAAUUUGCAAGAUCCAAGAGAUAUGAUCUUGGACGUCACUCGAGGAUACAUGUACUGGACAGACUGGGGAUGGGACGAAAGGAUAGAGCGAGCAGAUAUGGAUGGCACAAACAGAAGAGUGAUUGUUCGUUCAGGGCUUCUUUAUCCGAACGGUCUGACUCUGGAUUUUCUAAGGAAUUGGCUAUAUUGGAUCGAUUCUGUUUAUGGAAAACUGGAAGUGUACGAGUUUCCAUCCAAAACAAGAAGAACCAUUAUCCCUACAUAUGGGGAACCAUUUCUUAAAUCUCCACUGGGGCUGACAUUAUACGGGAGUUAUUUCUUUUGGACUGACCAACGUCUUAAUGGGAUAUAUCGAGCGGACCGAGACACGGGAGGAAACGCUUCAAAAGUCCUAUCGACGUCUUCUCGACCAGCGUUAAUUCAUGCGUACGACAGGGACAUGAAUAUUACUCCAGUAACGGAUCAGUGCGCCAACCAAAGUGAUGGAUGCAGUCACUUUUGCUUGCUUACACCCAGUGGGCCAAAAUGUUUGUGUUCUGAGGGGUUUAAUCUUCACGAUGACGGAAAAGGUUGCGAAGCUCCAAGAGGAAUUCUUUUGUAUGCGGAUUAUUCAUAUAACAAGAUAAUGAAGGUUACUCCGAACGCCACUGGAUCACUUUAUCGAUUGCCGUUGUCCAACAUCCGUCGUCCUAUCGCACUAGACUAUGAUGUAGUAGAAGACACAGUGUAUUGGACGGAUAGUUCUAAGAUCUCCCGCUCAUUUCUUAAUGGUUCUUCUCAAGAGAUCAUUAUUGAUACGAACUCAUACAGCAGAUACGGCCUAGCAGUGGACAGUGUUGGAAGAAAUCUUUACUGGACGGAUUAUGGAUCUGGAGCUGGUAUGGUGGAAGUUUCCAAACUGGAUGGUUCUCGACGGAUGGCUCUUGUUACACAUAACUUAAAUCAACCCAGAGACAUAAUUCUUGAUGUUUAUAAGGGAGUGAUGUACUGGACAGAUCGGGGUAACAGCCCAAAAAUCGAAAGGGCUGAUAUGACAGGUAGAAAUCGCGUUGUUGUCGUUAGCUCAAGUUUGUAUCGGCCAAAUGGACUCACACUUGACAGGAAGAGAAACCGCUUGUAUUGGAUCGAUGCUUGGUACGCAAAAUUAGAGUAUCUGGAUAUGAAUCAAAAUAAGAGAGUGCUGCUAUUAAGCUAUUAUUACAACCUAUAUUAUUCCUUUGGUUUGACUCUUCUCGGAGAUUACUUGUAAUGGACCUCCUCGAGCUGGUCAAGGGGUGUUUAUCGAGCCGACAAGGAUACAGGUAGUGGUAUCACCAGGUUCGUCAGCAGCACUGGAUCGCUUAGGGGCAUUCGUGGAUAUGACCUCAGUGAGCCCUUCACAAAAGGGAACUCUUCUUGCCUUGGUGAUUGCAGUCACAUUUGUGUGCUGUCUCCUAAUGGAAGUGAAUGCGCAUGCCCAAUCCACUUUACCCUCGGAGAAGAUAAGAAGACUUGUGAACAUGACGUUCCUCAGAAGAUAUUACUUUUCGCUGAUAGCGGUCAGAGGCAAAUAUAUACAUUAUCUCUAGACGAAUCGAACAUGAGCUCCAAAUCUCUACCAAAAGCUCAUCAGAAUUAUCGGCCUGUAGCACUUGACUUCGACAUCACAGAAGAUAGAAUAUAUUGGACGGAUAUAUGGUCGAAUACAAUAUCUAGGAUGUUCAUCAAUGGAUCGUCACCUGAAGUUGUUGUUUCCAGAGGUGUUUAUUAUCCCUAUGGGUUGGCGGUUGAUCCAAUGGGAAAAAACAUUUACUGGACUGAUCAUACUCUUAAUAAAAUUGAAGUUUGCAGAAUGGAUGGAUCAAUACGAAAAACAUUGAUUUCCCGAGACCUAGAUAAUCCAAGAGAUAUAAUCGUGGAUCUCAACGAAGGUUUAAUGUACUGGUCCGACUGGGGGGCCAGCCACAAAAUUGAGGUCGCUAGCAUGGAUGGAAACAACAGAAGCGCACUGGUUAGAAGAGGGCUUUAUUGGCCAAAUGGGCUAACUUUGGAUGCAGAAAAUAACAGGCUUUACUGGGUGGACGCAUGGUUCCAUAUUUUGGAAUACUACGACCUAGAGCGUCACACGAUUAAAUCUCUGUUUCGAGACAGAUAUGUACUACGGAACCCGUUUGGUUUGACAUUGCUCGAAGAUAACUUAUACUGGACCGAUUCAAGUUUGGGUGUUGUUUACAAGUCACAAAAAGACUCUCCAUCAAAUGCAACAGUUCUCGUUAGCGGUUUCUCAAGACCAUAUGAUAUACAUGCUUACGACAGGAAUCGGACUUUUCCAGACCAUCCCUGUUCCUUUUCCUUUGGUGGAUGUUCUCAUCUCUGCCUUGUGAGACCGAAGGGAUACAAAUGCGCAUGCCCCGAUAAUCUCGAACUGUCGAAAGAUGAUAAAACAUGUAUCCCACAAACAUACAUAUUUCAGAAAUUCUUGCUGUUUGCUGAUGCCUCGCACGCAGAAAUAUACAUCGUCGAUUUGGAUGAUUCCAAUUUUUUGGCCAAAGCUCUGCCAAUAGGAGCCUAUAUGUAUCGACCAGUUGCACUUGGAAUGGACCUUACAGACAACAGGGUCUACUGGACAGACGUCAGCCUAAACAGUAUCAGGAGGGCAUUCAUAAAUGGCACAUCACCAGAAAUUGUAGUUUCUGUUAAUGUGUCUCAUUCUGAUGGACUCGCUGUCGAUCCAGUGGGAGGAAACAUCUAUUGGAGUGACACUGUCACAAAAAGGAUCGAAGUCAGUAGAAUGGAUGGAACCAUGAGAAAAGUUUUGAUAGACAAGGAUCUAGACCAACCUAGGGAUAUAAUUCUUCAUCUUACUGAAAGGUUGGUGUAUUGGUGUGACUGGGGAAACGUGCCGAAGAUUGAAGUCGCUAACAUGGACGGAUACAGUCGACGCAUAUUGGUCGAAAGAGGAUUAUACUGGCCAAACGGUCUCACUUUAGAUGAAGCAAAUAAUAGGCUCUACUGGGUAGACGCAUACUUUGACAUCCUUGAAUACUAUGAUUUGGAACAUCAGACCAUAACAACUUUAAUGCAAGAUAGUUCCAAAGUACCACAUCCGUUUGGUUUGACGCUGCUCGAAGAUCACUUGUAUUGGACAGAUUGGCGGUUAGAUGUUGUUCAUCGAGCGGAAAAAAAGACACUUUCAACUAUGACAGUUGUUGUCAGUGGCCUUGGUCAACCGAUGGAUAUACAUGCGUAUGAUAGAAAUAAACCUCUCCCAGAUCACCCCUGCUCUAAGUCCUAUGGUGGGUGUUCUCACUUGUGCCUUUUAAGGCCGGAUGGAUAUAGGUGCUCCUGUCCAGACUACUUGCAACCUGGUGAAAAUUGCUCUACGUCCGUCCACCUCCAUUCUCCACCUUCUUCAAGUAAGCCUCAGGCCACAACUUUACAGACCACCAGGCAGACAACCAGACAGCAGAAAACGAACAAACCUCCAGCUACAACCCCCCAAACCACCAGGAAGACCACCAGACAGCAGACAAGCAACAAGCCUCCAGCUACAACCCCUCAGACCACCAGGCAGACAACCAGACAGCAGACAACGAACAAACCUCCAGCUACAACCCCCCAAACCACCAGGAAGACCACCAGACAGCAGACAAGCAACAAGCCUCCAGCUACAACCCCUCAGACCACCAGGCAGACAACCAGACAGCAGAAAACGAACAAACCUCCAGCUACAACCCCCCAAACCACCAGGAAGACCACCAGACAGCAGACAAGCAACAAGCCUCCAGCUACAACCCCUCAGACCACCAGGCAGACAACCAGACAGCAGACAACGAACAAACCUUUAGCUACAACGCCUCAGACCACCAGGAAGACCACCAGACAGCAGACAACAAAUAAACCUCCAGCUACAACCCCCCAAACCACCAGGCAGACUACCAGACAAAAGACAAGCAAUAAACCUCCGGCUACAACCUUUCAUACCACCAGACAACAGACAAGCAACAAAAUUCCAGCUACAACCCUUCUGACCACCAGGAAGACCACCAGACAGCAGACAAGCAACAAGCCUUCUAGUACAACCCCUCAGACCACGAAACCACAGACAACCAACAGGCCUCCAGCUACAGCCCUUCAGACCACCAGAGGGCAGACAACUAACAAGCCUCCAGUUACAACCCUUCAGACCACCAGACAGCAAACAUCCAACAGGCCUCCAGCUACAACCCUUAAGACCACCAGACAGCAAACAUCCAACAGGCCUCCAGCUACAACCCUUCGGACCACCAGAGAGCAGACAACCAACAGGCUUCCAGUCACAACCCUUCAGACCACCAGACAGAAGACAACCGACAAACCUCAAGGUUCAACCUUCUACACUACCACACAGCAGUCAUCCACCAGAGACCAAUCAACUCCUUCUAGUCCAACUGAUUGUCGCUCUAGCAAGUGUAAGAAUGGAGGAUCUUGUGUAAUUCCUGGUUUUUUCUGCGAGUGUCCGAAGUAUUACGUUUGGGACCUUUGUCUUGUUUACGUUGGUUCCAGCACCGUAGAAGUAGAGGUAAAUCUUCGAAACGAGAAACAAUGGAUAUCAUAUAACUUCCAAGCGGCAGUGGCAAAAGCUUGCACGAAUUUUUUUUGCGGAGAUGAGGAAUGUGGAAGCACGUCAAAAAAGGAUAAAAAGUUCUUGGUUUCCGAUACUAAAAUACUUGGACUUUCCAUUGGCGGAGAAAACAGUUUGAGAGUAGAAGUGGCUGUUUUAUUUCCAUCUGUGGAAGGCCAGGUUCCUGAGCCUUUACCUCGUGCUACACUAGAACAAAUACUGCAAAAAAAUGAAGAAAGUCUUGGGGAAGCCAUGGGAGGCACAAUCAUCAGAAUCGGCAAACGACGAGUAGAGAACCCAACAAAUAGUGAAAGGUCUACUCAAGAUAAGGAGACGUUUAAUUUGCCAAUUGUUGCUGGGCUGGGGGGCACUGUUGUUUUGUUGGUGUUAAUUUUGGCAUUCGUCGUCUACCAAGUCAAGCGGAAAAGAAAUGAUGCAGGGAAAAGGACAGACAACAUCUAUUUACACAGUGACUUGGUUCAUUCCAGAGCCAAUUCUAUCGCAACAUUUGAAAAUCCAGGAUAUAUUGCGGAAUUUCCGAUGUAUGAAUCCAUCCCCCACAGAGGUGGAUCGGUGACAUCCAGACAAGAGCAGGUCAACGGGGUUGCAUCCUUUGAAAACAACAAUGCAACACAGGAAGCGCCCGAGAAAACGUUCCUGAGUAAUCCAACCUAUGGUUUGCCAUUCGCUGAAGAUCCUGCAAUCACCGAAGAUUCUCAAAAUCGUUAUGCCACUAUUGAGCAGAAGAAGACAGAACCAUAGGUGAAAGAAUUCCGGGUGACUGAUUAAGUCAAAAACAUCAAUUUUGUAGAAUAGUACAAAAGCCAGUGAUAGUACUAGAUAUUACUGACAUGUUUUGCGAAAGUGAAUUAGGUUUCCGUGGUUACUGCAUUUUUGUUGUUUACUUCUGAAGAAAAAACUGAUCAAAGGCUCAAGGUACGAAAAACGUGCUGGAGUUGAUAUUUGCAUUAAACCGGCCCUUUAAUGUACCGCCGGGCUUAAGUGAAUUUCUCUCUGAUAUGUUUGAACGUCUUUUUUCCAAAUAAAAUAAGAAAAUGGUAAAUUUUGACCUCUGUCCUGGAAUAAAGAAUAAUGCAUUGCGUUGACUCAGAAAAGUUUUGCACAAUCUUUGUUUAGCAUUAGCAUUAGCACCAUUACUGUUGUUUGCACGACAGACUCGAAGAGAUGUUAGCGAUUACCAAUUGAAUGCUUGCAAUAGUUCGUUAUCAGGUCAGCACAGAAGAGAGAAUUAGGAAUUAACUACAUUACGUAUUAGUAUUCAUGAUAUUCUUAAUCGUAAUUCUGCAUUUUGAAUUGUUACAUUUUUCUACUUUUACGUUAGUGUUAUUUUAGAUAACGACAGUUAAAAAGAAAUGAAUAAAGAUCCAGAGUUAAUCAUGUUU